AUGGCGCCUCACAAGCGCUCCAACUCGGCAUCGUCCACCCCGGCAACUCCCACCAAGAAGCUCAAGGCGCCGCACCAGUCCGCGCUCACCUCUUUUUUCACCAGCCCCUCCAUCGCAUCCAAACCGACCUUUGCCGCUGAACCUACCUCACCGAUAUCCGAGACCGCCCGAGGGAAGCAAAAGGCCCAAGUUGGGGACGUCGAUCUGGCUGCAACGUCGCAGGAAGAGAAGGAUGCGCAGUUUGCAGCAGAGCUUGCGGCGCAGGAUGCUGGCGUUUCGGUGGAGGACUAUCGCGCUCGCAUGAGAGCUGAUGAGGAUAUGGCCAGGCGGCUCCAUCUAGAGUGGUCUGGAGACCCCGCGCCUAAAGACGGCGCUGCUGCAGGCGCUUCGAAUUUCCAGCCUGCUUCUCACGCGAUGGAUGCUUCGGCGCCGCCUUCGCCAUCCAAGAAGCCACCAUCAGCCGCCAAACCAGUCGAUCUCGUCGCCUUAGAUGCAGCGAUCGACGCGAUUCCACUUGGCGACGACAUCUUCGUGUACGACCCUUCGGCGGUGGAUACAUCCGCGUGGCCGCAUGUCGCGGGCAAGCACGGCGAGCUGGUGCCCACAACGCCGUAUGCGCUGCUGACGCACGCAUUCGUGCUCAUCUCGGCCACGCGCUCGCGGCUGGCCAUCACGACGCUGCUGACGAAUCUGCUGCGCACGGUGCGCGCGCACGAUCCGGACUCGCUGCUGCCCACGGUGUACCUGGUGAGCAACCACAUCGCACCGCCGUACGACGGCGUCGAGCUCGGCCUGGGCGGGUCGAUCGUCAACAAAGCCAUCAAGUCGGUCACGGGCAAGUCGGCGCGCUUCCUCAAGCAGGUCUGGGACAAGACCGGCGAUCCGGGCGACGUGGCGUACGAGGCCAAGAAGGACGUCAAGGCCCUCGUGCGUCCGCCGCCCAUCACCGUGCAGCGGCUGUUUCAGAACUUGCACAGCAUCGCACGCCUCGGCGGCACGGGCAGUGCCAACCAAAAGCUCGGCGUGGUCACCAAACUGCUCGUUGCGAGUCGGGGCGAGGAGACGCGCUUCCUCGUGCGCACGUUUAUCAGCCAUCUGCGCAUCCAGGCGGUGCGAACCACCAUCGCCACCGCCCUCGCGCGCACCUUUGCGCUCGUCGAGCACUCGACGGCCUUGACGCCACCGAGCAAUGACAAGGAGCGAGAACGCGCAAAUAUGCUGCUCGUCCAUCCGAGCGAGCGCAGUGGCAUCCUCGCCAAUGCAACCAAGCCCAAGGAACGCCAGGAUCCGCAGCGUCUCGUACUCAUGGAGCGAUUGGCUCGAGCCGAAAAGCUGGUGCGAGAAGUGCGUGCGCGCCACUCGAACUUUGGCGUGAUCGUACCGUCGCUGUUGAAGCACGGAUUGCCAGGGUUGUCGGAGCAUGUGCCGCUGCGCAUUGGCACGCCGAUUUCGCCUAUGCUCGGCUCGAUCACGCGCUCGCUCGGCGCCAUGCAUGCCAAGCUCGGCGCGCGCGCGUUCGUGUCCGAGUUCAAGUACGACGGUCAGCGAUGCCAGAUCCACGCGAUCUACGUGCCCAGAAGUGCCGGCGCGGAGGCAAGGCGCAGUGUGCGCGACGAUACCGCCAGCAGCAACGGCGCCGUCAAGUGCGGCAAGUGGGUGGGCACCAACGGCGAGGUGUACGUGAGGCUGUUCUCGCGCCAUCUGGAAGAGAUGACUGAAAAGUACCCGGACAUCACCGACAUGGUGCCGCUGCUCAUGGGGCAGCAGCUCGAGGCCGAGGCGGCGGCAGAGCGGCAGAAGGUGACUUCGUUCAUUAUGGACGCCGAGGUGGUGGCCAUGGACCUGGAUGGGCGGCUGCUUCCGUUCCAGACGCUGGCGAACCGCAGCCGCAAGGACGUCUCUCUGCACGAGAUCAAGGUCAAGGUGGGUGUCUUUGCGUUCGACCUCAUGUACCUCGACGGCGAGUCGCUGCUCAAGUCGUCAUUUCGCACGCGCCGCCGGCUGCUGCAUACGCGCUUCCCGCCGCUGUCGCCGCAAAGCCCGCUGAUCGCGCGGUUCGCACACGUGCGUUCGUGCGAGAGCACCGAUGCCGACCAAGUGGCGCGCUUCUUCGCACAGGCGCAGGAAUACAAGUGCGAGGGCAUCAUGGUCAAGUCGCUCGACCAUCACUGGGAGGCACCGCGCCCGAGCCACCAGGACGGUGUCGGUGAGCCAGUAGAAGAAGACGAUGCAGAGGAAGACGAGGAGGAGGACGACGAUGGCGAGAACGGCAGCUCACCACCAAGUGCGCGGCUGCACAAGCUGGCAGACGUGGUGGACGACGACCUGGCGAUGGACAACGAGGACGAAGCGGUAGCCACAGUCGAGGCGGGGCGAGGUGCGAGCCACGUAGCAGGCGAGGUGGGCAAGGGCGUCAAUGGACGCGGCAAGGCGCUGCUGUCGACGUACGAGCCGGACAAGCGGUGCGAGUCGUGGCUCAAGGUGAAGAAGGACUAUGUGGACGGACUGGGCGACUCGCUGGAUGUGGUUCCGAUCGGUGCGUGGCAUGGGAUGGGGCGCAAAGCGACGUGGUGGUCGCCGAUGCUGCUGGCGCUGUACGAGCCGGGGACAGGCGUGCUGCAGGCGGUGUGCAAGUGCAUCUCUGGCUUCACCGAUGCCUUUUACAAGGAGCUCAACGUGCGGUAUGCGGAAGGGAGCGAAUCGUGCGUGCGUGCACGGUACGGCGAGCCGCCUCCUUUCGGCUACGAGGUCGAUACGGGCAACUUGUUCCCGGACGUCUGGUGGCGACCGAGCGAGGUGUGGGAGAUCCGCGGUGCGGAUGUGACGGUGAGCCCCAACUAUACGGCGGCGAUCGGGCUGGUCAACGAAGAGCGCGGGUUGUCGAUCCGAUUUCCACGCUUCAUGCGUCGGCGAGAGGACAAGACGGUGGAGCAGGCCAGCACACCCGCCAUGCUGGCCAAGAUGUACUUUGAGCAGCAAAAGGCGGCACCGGCACCCGAUGCGCGCGACGACGACGACGACGACGAGGCUCCACGCAAGCCUGCUGCGGACGAUGACUUUGAAUUCUAG